GCUGUCUGGGAGAACAUGGCUCGCAUGUGUGUGAAGACUCAGAGGCUCGAUGUUGCCAAAAUUUGCCUUGGAAACAUGGGUCAUGCAAGAGGAGCCAAGGCAUUGAGGGAGGCUGAACGAGAACCGGAGCAGGAGGCCAGAGUGGCUGUGCUGGCCGUUCAGCUGGGCAUGCUGGAGGAUGCGGAGCGACUGUACAAGGCUUGCAAACGCUACGAUCUCCUGAACAAGUUCUACCAAGCCUCAAACCAGUGGCAGAAAGCCAUCGAAACAGCUGAAGCUCACGAUCGGGUUCACCUACGUACCACGUACUACAACUACGCUAAGCACCUGGAGGCAACUGGAGAGCACAGCCUUGCACUCGCCCACUAUGAGAAGUCAGACACGCAUAGGUUUGAGGUACCCCGAAUGCUCUGUGAAGACUUACAAGCCCUGGAGAACUACAUCAACAAGACGAAAGACAAGAGCCUGUGGAAAUGGUGGGCACAGUAUCUGGAGAGCCAAUCAGAUAUGGAAUCGGCGCUAAAAUACUAUGCACUGGCUCAGGAUUAUUUUUCUCUAGUCCGUGUCCACUGCUUUCAGGGCAACGUUCAGAAGGCUGCUGAAAUAGCAAAUGAAACCGGGAAUUGGGCAGCAUCAUAUCACUUGGCCCGCCAGUACGAGAGUCAGGAUGAAAUCAAGCAGGCUGUACAUUUCUACACCAGGGCCCAGGCAUUUAACAAUGCCAUCCGCUUGUGUAAGGAAAACAAUUUAGAUGAUCAGCUGAUGAACCUGGCUCUUCUGAGCUCUCCAGAAGACAUGGUAGAGGCAGCCUGCUAUUAUGAGGAAAAGGGGGAGCAAAUGGACAGAGCUGUCAUGUUAUACCACAAGGCAGGACAUUUCUCCAAAGCGCUGGAGCUAGCCUUUGCCACACAGCAGUUUGGGGCCCUACAGCUAAUUGCUGAAGACCUGGAUGAGAAAUCAGACCCAGUGCUGCUGGCCCGCUGUUCUGAUUUUUUUAUAGAACAUGCUCAGUAUGAGAAGGCAGUGGACUUGCUGCUAGCAGCCAAAAAGUACCAUGAAGCUUUGCAACUUUGCCUGAAGCAGAACCUGACCAUCACGGAGGAGAUGGCUGAGAAGAUGACGGUCUCUAAGGACUCCAAGGAUCUCUCUGAGGAGUCCCGGAGAGAGCUGUUAGAACAACUUGCCGAUUGCUGCAUGAGACAAGGCAAUUACCACAUGGCAACCAAGAAAUACACACAAGCAGGAAACAAGUUAAAGGCUAUGAGGGCACUGCUGAAAUCUGGAGAUACUGAGAAAAUUGUCUUCUUUGCGGGAGUUUCCAAACAGCGAGAGAUUUAUAUCAUGGCAGCCAACUAUCUACAGUCACUGGAUUGGCGUAAGGACCCGGAGAUUAUGAAGAACAUCAUUAGCUUCUAUACUAAAGGAAGGGCCCCUGACCUGCUGGCAGGUUUCUAUGAUGCAUGUGCUCAGGUAGAAAUUGAUGAGUAUCAGAACUAUGAAAAAGCACAAGGAGCACUGACAGAAGCAUAUAAGUGCCUUUCAAAAGCAAUGACAAGAAGCCCUCUGGAACAGGAAAGCAAACUAGCACAUUUGCAAAGCAAGAUGGCCCUGAUUAAGCGAUUCAUCCAUGCUCGGAGAGUUUACUCUGAAGAUCCCAAAGAAGCAGUCACACAGUGUGAACUUCUCCUAGCUGAACAAGAUUUUGACAGCGCCAUCCGUCACGGUGAUGUCUUAGGAUUUCUGGUUGAACAUUACGUACAAGUGGAGGAAUUCCAUACGGCUUACCGGUAUCUGGAAGAGAUGCAGAAAAGAAUUCCACCCAUGAACCUGAGCUACUACGUGACUCAGCAGACCAUCGAGGCUGUUCACCGAGGAGUAGGCAUUCCUGUAAGCCGAACCCUGGUUCCAGAGCAAAUGUGCCACAGCAGUAUGGAGAACAAGGAGGUGGAAGAAGUGGCUGAUGAAGUGGAGGACCCCUGACAACUUACCAAAUGCCAAGUUGACUUUAAUACUGGGACAUUUAUUCUGUCCUCAUUAGGGAUCCUAGAUCAGUCAACACGCUGCUGCAACAAGGCUUUUUGGUUAUUACCAAGAAAUUUAUUUUUUCCUGCUUGACUGUACAAGCAACAAUAUCGAAGUGAAUAUAUUAGCUCAAGCACUACAUACAAAGAUUCACAUGUAUAUCCUGUAAUGAAGCUGUUUUUAGUAUUUUAAUAAA